CCUUUGGAUUAAACCAAGGGAUUUGGUGAAAGAAAAAGAGUAAGAUUUAAGAUUAGACAAACACUGGAGAAUUGUUGGGGAAGGAAACUAUGGACAAAACAAAAGUGGUAAUUGUCGGAGGUACGGGAUUCUUGGGUCAGCAUCUGCUUCAAGCUUUCGCCGGCAACAAUGGCGGUGAUCUAUACGACGUCGCGUUCACUCACCACUCUUCUCCACUUCCCCGCCGUUUACUCGACGCAUUCCCUCAUUUCCCCGCGUUUUCUGUCGAUCUCAAAUCCGGUUUAGGGUUCAAUUCCAUAUCCCAGGACUUUGGUCAGCCUGAUGUGGUCGUGAAUUGUGCUGCUCUGUCUGUUCCACGAGCUUGCGAGCAAGAUCCAGAUUCCGCCAUGUCCAUCAACGUGCCUACUUCUCUUGUAAAUUGGUUAUCAACUUUUGAGAGAAACAAAACCUUGUUGAUUCAUCUCUCUACUGAUCAAGUAUAUGAAGGUGUCAAGUCUUUCUACAAGGAAGAAGAUGAGACUGUUGCAGUCAAUGUUUAUGGGAAAUCAAAAGUUGCAGCAGAGCUUCUCAUCAAGGAUAAGUGUCAGAACUUUGCAAUACUGAGAAGUAGUAUCAUCGUUGGUCCUCAGACUGUAUCACCUCUCCCCAAGACUCUCCCAAUUCAGUGGAUUGAUAGCUCCUUGAAGAAGGGAGACACGGUAGAGUUCUUCCAUGAUGAGUUUCGUUGCCCCAUUUACGUUAAGGAUCUCGUGAAUAUCACUUUGAAAUUAAUAGACAGAUGGGUCGUCUCAGAUGAAAAACAGAUGCAGCUGGUUUUGAAUGCUGGUGGACCCGAGAGGCUAUCUCGUGUUCAAAUGGCUCAAGUGGUUGCAGAAGUCAGAGGAUACGACAUGUCUUUGAUUAAACAUGUGUCUGCAUCAUCGGUUGAUCGAGGCGUGGUGUCACCCGCAGAUAUAUCUAUGGACAUAACUAAACUGAUCCAGACACUUGAGAUCACUCCAACUUCUUUCAAAGAUGGUGUUAGAUUAACCCUUGAGUCUGAAUCUCAUAUCCUCCCAUGAUAUCUAAUUUCCUUGUGUGCUCU